GAGAGCUCCGCGGCUGCACACGCGCUCGCCACGCAGCUUUGAACCCCCUUUGAUAUGCGGCGCGUUUUUUUCUAACAAAACAUAUUUAUGUAAUGGUUCCACUGAUUGUGCGGGCCGCCAGAUGGGUUUCUGUGCACACAUGCAUGCCCGCAAGCACGCGCGAACUCACGCACACUCCACUUUUACGCACGCCGUUGAAGGUUUGCGGCGUCAAGCGCGUGAAAAGGAGCAGUGGGGGGUAAUAAAAGCCCGUGGAGGCUACACUUAGAACCCGUGAAGCGAGAAGAGGCGCACCUCUCGGACCCGGAGCGCAGAGCGGAGGGGCGGCUCCAACCACCGCUCUCCCAUUGGCGACAGCCUCUCCGGGACCGAACACCUUAGCGUUUGCAAACUACUCUUGUCUUUUGUAGAUGGAGGAGCAAAGGAUUCGACUUCGCUUCUCCACAUGGGUUGACUGAGCAACAAGCAGCGGGACCAGAUGACUCCGCGUGAAGGUGGAAACUUCUGCUUGGUUCAAACCUGGCGGCUCCGUCCGGUAUGAUCGUUUCCAACGUGAGCCUGAACUGUGCGCACUGUCCCGUAGGAGGAGUCCUCAUCGCAGCGACGACGGACGCGCACGGGGAGCUGUCCGGUUCUCUCCCUCCUGCGUCCCUCAGCCCGACGGGGCACUUGGUGGUGGCGGUGUGCCUCGGUUUCAUCGGCACCUCCGGGUUCCUCAGUAACUUCCUCGUGCUCACGCUGUUCUGCCGGUACCGGGCUCUGCGCACGCCCAUGAACCUGCUCCUGGUGAGCAUCUCGGCUAGCGACCUGCUGGUCAGCAUCCUCGGCACCCCGUUCAGCUUCGCGGCCAGCACGCAGGGGCGGUGGCUGAUCGGACGCACCGGGUGCGUUUGGUACGGAUUCGUUAACGCGUGUUUGGGCAUCGUCUCCCUCAUCUCCCUGGCCGUGCUGUCCUACGAGCGCUACUGCACCAUGGUGUCGCCCACCAUGGCCGACGGCAGGGACUUCCGCCCGGCGCUGGGGGGGAUCUGCUUCUCCUGGCUCUACUCCGUGGCCUGGACCGUGCCCCCGCUGCUGGGCUGGAGCAAAUACGGGCCGGAGGGCCCCGGCACCACCUGCUCGGUGGACUGGCGCACGCAGACGGCCAACAACAUCUCCUACAUCAUCUGCCUGUUCGUCUUCUGCCUGCUGCUGCCCUUCGGCGUCAUCCUCUACUCCUACGGCCGGCUGCUGCACGCCAUCAGACAGGUCAGCAGCGAGAGCUCGGUGGUGACGCGGCGCCGGGAGCAGCGGGUGCUGGUGAUGGUGGUCACCAUGGUGGCGUGCUACCUGGUGUGCUGGCUGCCGUACGGCGUGGCGGCGCUGCUCGCCACCUUCGGCCCGCGGGACCUCAUCGGCCCGGAGGCGAGCAUCACGCCCUCGCUGCUGGCCAAGUUCUCCACCGUGGUCAACCCCUUCAUUUACAUCUUCAUGAACAAACAGUUCUACAGGUGUUUUAAGGCGUUCCUCAGAUGCUCCGCCCUCGAGCGAGGCUCCGCCUUCAAAACCUUUUCACGGGUGACAAGGACGCUGCGCACCGUCCGUCAGGAGAAGGAGCAGCACGUGGCCGCCGGCGCCCCUUCCUCAGCCCUGCCCACGCACAGGUCCGUCCACGGGUCCUCGCAGGGGGACGAACCCGCGGCUCCAGCGCCGCCCGGCAAGGACCGGGCCGCUUCCCACACCCCCGCUGCCGUCGCCCUCAAACCCAAACUGGUCCUGGUGGCCCACUACAGGGAAUGCUAGCACUUUCACAGCAGCGAAAGGGGAGCGAGCUCAGCGGGAGCCGUGUGAUCCUGGGACAGUGAUCGGAAAACAGGGAUAAAUGCUAAAAGCCAAUCUCACCAGCAGCUACACAGCAGCUGGUGCAGGUUCAUAGACAUUACAGACCUCUGCCGUUAGAAUGUAAUUGCUGUAAUCACAUUUAUUGUACAAAAGAGCACAACUUUUCUGCAAAAAAGGGCCUUGAGGGAUGCAAAGAGUCAAACUUUACUCCAGUUUGUGCGUUUUGUUUAAGGACAGUAAACUGUUUUCUCUUCUCUUCUUUCUCCAGGAUGAUUUAUUUUAGUUCAUAAUGAGGAGGAAAUGGUCACAGCAGAAAGACAAAUGAAGCUGUUAUUCAUGCUGUGCUGGGGUCAAUUUGCUUUGUUUGAGAUCAGAGACUUAUUAGGUGUUAGUUUUCAUUGAAAUUAUUUAUUGUUGGAAUAAACAUGACUUGUGAAUA